AACGAGUUUUACCCUUUUGAAUGCUCUCCUAAAGUAAGAUUUCUGUAAUGUCAACAAAUGUAAUUGUUCAUGUUUCUAAGAAUUGUUAUUAAUGAAAAUAUCUUAUGUCAGGCAAUUUGGACAACUGGUUGCCUCCAUUACUUUUAGAAAAGGAGGUAUCGGACUUUCUAAAGGCUUCAUGGAGGGGUGAUCAGGAAGUAGAAGAUGAGGAAGGAGAGGGUGAUGAGAAGUUUUACAAGCUUCUUAAAUGCCUUGGCACCCCACCAGCCGUCACCACACUCAGGGUAAACACACGCGCAGCAGACAGACAUGCCAUCGCAAAACAGCUCAAAACAGAACUGGAAAAGCAAUACACUGACAGAGGGAGCAAUCCGCCCCCCAUAGUUGUGCACCCUGCGCUGAAAGAUGUGCUGGUUGUGCCAAGCAGAGGUCCCAACCCCAAACCUCCAGAGGUGACUAAGGAAGUGAUUGUGGACCAGUCCUGUGGAAUGGCUGUGCUGAGAGGGGCUGACGUGUUUGUACUUGGCAUAAUGGGCGCCCCAAGCUACCUUGCUGCCGGUGAGACGGUGGCUGUAUACGCAGACCUGGAGGGCCAGUGUCGGAAGGGACUGAAGGAGGAGUACAGGGAGAGGAAGGUCUACGUGGGCUGUGGGGUCAUGCAGCUCAGUCGAGACCAGAUCUUCUGCUCAGCCCAGGUUAAACUCAGAGGCGUUGGCAUUAAAAUGACGAGACCUCUUUUUGAGGCACCGUCCCUUGAUGAUAUUCUGCCAGGCCUGCUGUUUGCUCAGAACUUGCCGUCGAUUGUGUGUAGCCUGGUAUUGGAUCCCCACCCAGGGGAACUUGUCAUAGACAUGUGUGCAUCUCCGGGUGGAAAGACCAACCAUAUAGCAACACUCAUGAAUAAUGAGGGCAGAGUUGUUGCCCUUGACAAGACUGCCAUGAAGAUAGAGAAGAUGCAGUGUAACCUGUCCCGCUGGCAGAUCAGCUGUGUGGACUGCUACGCACACGACUCCACCAAAUGUUCACAACCAGACACAGAAAUCAAUGGACCCCCGCCCUACCCCCCAGGGUCGUUUGACCGAGUCCUCCUGGACGUGCCAUGCAGUGCCCUAGGACAGAGGCCGAUGUUACGCAACAGAAUGACCCUCAAGUCUCUGCAGUCAUACGCAUCAUAUCAGAGAAAAUUCAUUGAAACUGGUGUAGAGCUAUUGAAGCCUGGGGGUACACUGGUGUACAGUACGUGUACCAUCACCAUGGAGGAGAACGAACAUCAGGUGGCAUGGAUACUGGACAAGUACCCUUGUAUGAAGUUAGCACCACAGACUCCACAUCUCGGUGACGUUGGUCGUCCGUGUAAAGGCUUGAUAUCAGGCCAUCUGGAGAUGUUACAGCGCUAUGAUCCAAGCAGUGAUACCAGCAAGUCCAAGUACUUCACUGACAAUGACACCAUAGGCUUCUUUAUAGCCAAGUUUGUGAAAGUUAAAGAUUGAAAUCAGACAAGAUGUAAGCUGUACGGUGGUGUAGCAAUACAGAAUGCCUGUAAGAUGUUUUUUGUGAUCCUCGGGUCAUGUUAUUAAACCCUUUACAAAUCAGAUACGCAUUUUGACUUGAUUGUAGUCCUUAAAAAAAUCAAGUGAAAUUACAGACCUUUCUUAUUAGAUUAAUGUUUUAACCAUAUGAAAAUGAUGAGCAGUGAAAACCAUAAAACCUGAACAGCUUGCGACUUACUCACAGGCUGUUCUGGUUUAGUGCUUGUUGCAUUUUGUCUUUGCUUCUGAGCAGUAAAGGAUUUAGCUUUAUCAUACCUUCUGAAAAAAUGUUUUAAAAUCAUGUUUUUUCUUCUUCUAUGGAUUGUGUUUCUGUGUUAUUAUUCAAUGAAUUUAGAAGAAAGGGUUACUUAAUGUGCAAUAUUCAAGUACCUUGUAUUGAGAAAAUAAAGCAUAUUAAAUGGACUUCAGUCCAAUUUUCCUCUAAAGCUUUUUGGAUAUGGACCUGUUGAUAUCAAACUGUUUAAAUAUGAAACCUUGCUGUGUAAAUAUAAAAAUCAAGCUGUUAAACUAUGAAACCUAGCUGUUUAAAUAUGUAAUAUAUCUGUUUAAAUAUGAAAUCUAGCUGUUAAAAUAUGAAACCUAGCUGUUAAAAUAUGAAACCUAGCUGUUUAAAUAUAAAACCUAGCUGUUUAAAUAUAAAACCUAGCUGUUUAAAUAUGAAAUAUAUCUUGAAAUAUGAAACCUAGCUGUUAAAAUAUAAAAAAAAAAUAUAUAUAUUAAAACAUAGCUGUGAAUAAAUAUGAAAGCUAAUUGAAGUGAAAUUAUCAAACUCAUAUACACAAUGUAUUCAUGUUCACAAACAACUAUUGAUUCAAUCACUUGUGGCAAGCACAAAAGCUGUUUAUUCAAAAUAAAAACAAUAAUUUUUAUUGAUUCUUUGAUGCAUAUAUAUUUUUAUGCAUGGAAUGCGAUACAGGAUCAAUAUGUAUUAUAAAUUACUUUAAAUGUAAAUGUACUCGGUAUUUUUAUAUUUUGUAUGCUGGUCAUUCAUUGUACUUAUGAUUUUUGUUAGAAAACAAUAUCUUCUUGGCACAGGGACUUCGCUUUGUAUACUGUACUUUUUCUAAAUAAAUAUUCUGCUUCUCUCUAAAGAUUAAGUUUGGUACAUUGGACAGAACUAUUUUUAUUUUAUUGUUCACCCAAUUAGAUAUGUUGGUACUAAGUUGAAAAAGGACUAUUUAAUACACUUAUAUCAUUAGUAUGUAAAUACAUUUGUUUUAUAUCCCCUGAUGCGAAGUAAAAGUGUAUAUACUUCAAUCUUAAUGGGCCUCUCUUUGUUUUUCCAUCUGUACAACAUUCAAAUUUGCAGACAUUUUUUUCAUAAUAUUUAGUUGUGCAUUCGCGACUUUUAUCAGCAAAAACAGUCCAAAGUUUGUGCCUCUUUUUCAACUUAAACAUUCGAUAGCAUCAUGUCCUUUGUUAAUUUGUGUAUUAAACUCUUGCACUAAGCAUAUUUGAAAACUAAAUGAGAUGUCAAUUUGAACCUUUAUAUAUGUUUGUAGAUCUCAGAAGGUGGCAGUGCAUUGCACAAGAUCUAAAACUGUUCAUUCAAUAUUUUUACAGCUAAUUGCUCUGGCUGUGAUUGUGCAUAGCUAAUUGCCUUUUGAAUGUUCAUGUUGAAAUAUUGUGCAAGACAUAUCUUGACUAGGAAGCAUGCAGAUGGGAAUCCAGUUUUUAAAAAUGAAAAGAAAAUGCCCUCUGACACACUGGCAUCUGGGGGGUAUUUUAGAACCUGUAUUUUCUAUCAGUAAUAAUAGCAAUGAUUCUUGGGGAAUGAUAAUUUAAUCAUUCAUGUUUAACCAUCUUGACUUUACUUACAGGAAACAUUUUUGUGUAUUGAGUGUUUUUUUAUGUAUGUACGCAAUUGUGUAUAAACUUAAAUAAACUUUUUUUUAAACCUGCA